CGAGGUUUUCUCCGUGCCUCGCUUAGCCAUCACAGCAGUAGCUCUUUUAGCGCUAAAGUGGGUAGAGGACCCAGCGAAAGACUAGUUCUGUCACAUUUGGAUGGGUUUUGUACACAAAAGCAAGGACUGCCUCUGAAUCACAGUCCAGAAAGAAGAAACUAUCAUCGUGUUGAUUUAAGUUGAACAUUUGUCUCUUAGGAUUAAGAACAAAGCCAUGCCAGUGCUUUCGGAAGACUCGGGAUUGCAUGAAACUUUGGCCCUUUUGACAUCUCAGUUAAGACCUGAUUCAAAUCAUAAAGAGGAAAUGGGAUUCCUUAGGGAUGUCUUCAGUGAAAAGAGUCUCAGCUACCUGAUGAAGAUUCAUGAAAAACUCCGUCAUUAUGAAAGGCAAAGUCCAACUCCUGUUUUACAUAGUGCAGCAGGAUUAGUUGAAGAUGUAAUAGAAGAAUUGCAGACCACACCAGUGAAUAAUGAAGAAAAAGAGCUACUUCAGCUGUUGUCAACACCACAUCUCAGGGCAAUGCUUGUAGUACAUGACACGGUAGCACAGAAGAACUUUGACCCAGUUCUUCCACCUCUACCUGAUAACUUUGAUGAUGAUUUUGAUGAGGAAUCAGUGAAAAUUGUUCGGCUAGUGAAAAAUAAAGAACCCUUGGGAGCUACCAUCAGAAGAGAUGAACAUACAGGAGCUGUGAUUGUAGCAAGGAUCAUGAGAGGUGGUGCAGCUGAUCGCAGUGGUCUUGUCCAUGUUGGAGAUGAACUAAGAGAAGUCAAUGGUAUUACCGUGCUUCACAAACGACCAGAAGAAAUAAGUCAGAUUUUGGCUCAGUCUCAGGGAUCAAUAACAUUAAAAAUAAUUCCAGCCAUCAAAGAAGAAGAUCGUCUAAAAGACAGCAAGGUGUUUAUGAGGGCGCUUUUCUGCUAUAAUCCCAAAGAAGACAGAGCCAUUCCUUGCCAGGAGGCUGGGCUGCCAUUUAAGAGACGACACGUCCUCGAAGUUGUAAGCCAAGAUGAUCCCACAUGGUGGCAAGCAAAGCGUGUUGGAGAUACCAACCUCAGAGCAGGCUUGAUCCCCUCAAAACAGUUCCAAGAAAGACGAUUGACUUACAGAAGAACAGUAGGCACUCUGCAGAAUCCCAGAACUAUGAAGAAACCAUUAUAUGAUCAGUCUUCUGAUAAAGAAGACUGUGACUGUGAAGGAUAUUUCAACGGACAGUACAUAGCUGGCUUACGCAGGAGCUUUAGAUUAAGUCGUAAAGAGAAGGAGAACAAUAUGAGUGAAGGAAAGCAAACAGAGCAGGCAGACACAGCAGAGUUCCUAACGUAUGAAGAAGUCACGAAAUAUCAGCAGCAGCCUGGUGAACAGCAGAGGCUGGUGGUUUUGAUUGGUUGUUUGGGGGCCAAAUUAAGUGAGCUCAAGCAGAAGGUUGUGUCAGAGAACCCACAGGAGUAUGGUGUUGCAGUUCCGCAUACAACCAGGUCAAGGAAAAGUCAUGAGAAGGAGGGAGUAGAAUACAACUUUGUCUCUAAGCAAUCAUUUGAGACAGAUGUGCAGCAAAACAAAUUUGUGGAACAUGGAGAAUACAAAGAAAAUCUGUACGGUACAAGUCUUGAGGCAAUCCGGUCCGUGAUGGCCAAAAAGAAGGUUUGUUUGGUGGAUGUGGUACCUGAAGCAGUAAAGCACUUGAGGACUCCUGAGUUUAAGCCUUAUGUUAUCUUUGUGAAGCCUCUCAUUCCAGAAAAGAAAAAACAUGUCCUAAAAUCUCCCAUGUCAGAAGAAAUCUCAGCCACUCUUCAGGAUGAAGAACAGCAGGAAAUUAUUAAUUCAGCAGCAUUCAUUGAAGAGCAGUAUGGCCAUUUAAUUGACACUGUACUAGUGAAAGAAGAUCUCCAGAGUGCAUGUAAUCAGCUGAAAACUGUGUUAGAGAAACUAAACAAGGAUUCAUUUUGGGUGCCAGUCAACUGGGUUAGGUCAUAACUUGUUAUCAUCUGUUUAAGGGAAAGAUUGUAUAAAAAUGUCUUGUAAAUACGUGGAUUAGAAAAGGGAAACAUGUCAAAUUCACUUCAAAACUGCUGGUCUAUCCAAAGGGAAAUACAUAAAGACUGUAUGAGAAAAACAAAGUCAGAAGCUGACACUGCCUUCCUGAAUCAAAAUAUUGAAUAGCAGCUGUCAUUUAAUAGUGAAUACUCAGACUAAACAGACCAGUAAAAGAUUGGAGUGACUUUCAGAGUGUAAAUAGUGCAUAUUGUACAGUAAAGUUUCACAGAGGGUCCCACACUUCUAAAGCACUUAAGUAGUGCUAGGACACUAAGCAACUGGAAUUUUCAUCCUUUGGCCACAGAUUUUGUGGCUAGAGUUAAGGCAGCUGAACAAGAUACUUUUCAAGAACCAGUAUGCCUACAGAACAAGCUAUUUCAGCUAGGUGGGAGGGCUUUCCUUUGGACAAAACACGUUCCCCUUCAUUAGGGAUCAUUAGCUGCAAAUGCUUUCCAAUUAGGCACUAAAACUAGGCCAGUUAUAUAAAUUGUAGAUAUUUUAGUGGCUGAGAGAUGGGGUUUUUUUUAUGUCCAUCCCACAUUUCCUAAUGCCUCCAAGUUGUCUUGCACGGGUAUUAGUCUGCUCAUCUAUAGCUUAUGCCCACUUUCCCAAUCUCUUCCUACUGACAACAGGACAAACGUUAAACAACCUGUGAACACACCUGCAUAACUAGCCAGCUCAUAAACCAGACACGUUUUUUAGUCUACAUGAAAAUAACUGCGUAUGAUUUAAAAUAGGACUUAAGAAGCUUAUUUUCUACAAGACAUCUUUGCAAAUGCCACCUGAUGGGAUACUACCUUGACACCAACAUAGCAGCUCCAAAAAGGGUGCUAAAAGGAGGAGGCUGAAGUACCAAGUAGCUGAGCUACAGGUCCAAAUCUUCAUCCCUCCAGCAUUUAUGACUACCUUUGUUCCAAAUCAGGUAAAGGCUUCCAGAGCCUCUAAUUGUCUACAUCAAGUCCUGAAGAAGAAAUCUUAACUGUUAGAGGACUUUGUAUGUAUUUCAGGAGACUUGAAUAUAUGGGAUUUUUAGAUGGGUGUUAAUAAGAAAAUGCAGAGAGAAGAUUCUGGAAGCACCUAUGCUUUAUAAUUAUUUGAAAAAAAUUCUGAGUAUUGUACAGGUGCAUGUUAGCUGAAACUAGUUCCUGUUUUCUGUUGCCUGGUGAGGUCUAAUCUUUCCUGUGUACUAUGCCCUUUAACAACACCUUUUGGUGCACCAGUCUCAUUCUUUGCAUCUUAACGGUAUGAUGUUAUUCUUGUUCCACUGCAUUUAGCAAAACUAACAACAUUGCAUAUUAAAAGCACAUUUCUUACAUACCAGUGUCACUGAAUCUACAUUAACUCUAGCCCAAAAAGUUGUGUAGGACAGUCACCCUUAGCCAUCUUCUCCAAACAUGUACCCUGGCAACUUUCUUGUAUUGUCCUGCCUAUAGGCAUUGAGGUUCCCAUUCCUACAAGAAUAAGCAAUUUCCACAGUCAGAUAUCUGCUCUGGCUUGUCAGAGCAGAUAUACUGCCAGACUGGUGGCCUCAGCAAAUGUGCAAGGACUCCCUCGCAUGCAGGUGGCCCAUCAGCUCUGCCAUUAACUCUCUGCAAUCUUGUCCUAGCAGAGCCACCAAAAGUAAUACGGCUUACAAGAGAGACACAUUGCCAAGUGAAUUUUGUGACAGAUGUACCUUCAUCCUAUGAAAAACUGAGUGUAAUAUUUUAAAAACUAUUUAAGUAACAACAUUUCAAACUAAGUCAUUUUAUGAAAAUAUGAAAUGGGCAGAUUGAUCUCACCAUAGAUCUAUAUUGCAGAUUACAAGCAGGUUUUUACAGUCUGCAAGACAUAAACAUGUUUAGAGGAUACAGAUUUAAAGAACACUAGGUAAGAUACUGUCUAAAGGUCAGAAUUCACUUAAAGCAGGGUUGCUAUCUAACAUCUUAGAAUAUUCCAAAUGACUAGCAGUAAAUAAACUGAUUUGUAUGCUUUAGGAUCUAGCAGUCUAAUAGUAGAAAUACACAUUAAGAGAAGCAAGGCAAAUGACAUACAGAGGUACACCUGAAGUUACAAUAACUGAAAACUUAAGAUAUUAAGAUACAAUAUUGCUAUUAAAAGUGAACUGAAAUAUUCAGUAUGAGUUAAAUAAUCUUUUUUUAAGUGUAUGCAGAUACUCUGUAUUGAUAUACAGUCACAGACACUAACUUGGGAUACUCUCAGAAAUGGUUGUUUCAUUUUUUAAGGUUUGAAGUAAAGGAUGGUGAGAGGCUAUGUAUUAUAUGCUAAAGUUUGCAGGUAGCUAAGAUGAGCUUCAGUUGUAGGGGGAAAAAAACCCUGAACACAUUCAAUGCUCCUAUUUAUUCUAAAAUCCUAGGAAGUGGGUACAUGCAGGUGCUUGUUAUCAGGACAAGAUUCCAAUUCCAACAAGAUACUGAGUCCCUGCUGCAUUAGCCAUGCCUGGUAUAUGCUCCUGCCAGUAAGGAGAAAAAAAGGUGCAAAAAGAUUCUAAAGAAAAUCAGAAUGCAAAUUUACUUUAAUUCGAAGUCCUGCUUUGUAAAUAGUACCAAAAACACUAAGUCAAAUUACUUCAGCAAACUGAAACUCCUCCCGCUUAUCCCUCUCUUCAUCUUGCUCACACCUAAAAUUUAUGUAGUCUUUCAUAUUUUUAUGGUUUGUAGUACUGAAGGAUGAGCCUUGAUUAACAUCUACAGUUUUCAAGUGGUCUUCCAUACGCUGGCUGUAUCUGAAACUGCCUCCCUUUCUAAAAAUCAGUUGUGUACAGUACAUCCAGGGCAUGCUUCAGUCAGUGAGCUCAAACAUACAUUCAGAUGGUUUUGAAGAAUCCAUUUCUCCAACCAAAUUUGCAAUAGGAUUAAGAUGACAGUACCUUCGAUAUGACUAUGAGAUGCACACAGAUUAGAACCCUGAUACCUCUAACCCAGCUUCUUAUGAUGUGUACAUUGUUUUUAUAAAGUGAAACUUGUGUUAAAACAGCAUACCUAAUUGUCUUGUGAGGAGAUAGGGAUCUUGUAGCAGUCUGCUUAAAGUGCCUGGUGUUCUGCCAUGAAAAAAAAAAUUGCUAUGGGUUUUGUCAUCAGGGCUAAUGAGGCACUGUAAGAAAACUGUAAUUAAUAAAAGUAUACUUCAUCCUUUUUUUCCCUA